AUGGAUGUAGAACAAGCUAGAACUUCAAGCCUUCCUCCUAGCCUUCAUCCUUCCUUUUCUUCUAUAUCUUCUUCUCUUCAAGCUGUUGUGGGAUAUCAACCUACUUCCACAUUGGGAUUGCUGACUAAGGAAACCAUACAAACAGCGCAAAAUACCAACGCAAACAUUCAAAUCCACCAAGACUUUCUCAUUUAUAUGUAUACGAGGUUUGCAGACAUCCAAAGAGUGAUCAUGAUUAAAAAUCAGGGUAGGGAGGAUAGUGAUCAGUGGGCUGCGUAUGCAAAUCUUGUUCCAUUCAAGUCCGUAACCGAAGAGGACUUUGACAGGCACUUCAAUACCAACACCCACGGGCCCUUUUUCAUCGCUCAACGGUUGACGUCAUACAUUCGGCCCGGUGGCUCCAUUGUAUUCACAGCCAGCGUGUCCAUCCCAGGCAUGGCUGCAUACUCUGCAUCAAAGGCAGCCAUAUAUUCGCUCGUGCAAACACUCGCGGCUGAGUUGGCCGGUGGACAGGGAGGGAAAGAAGGUAUCCGAGUCAAUGCAGUUAGCCCUGGGUUUGUUGAUACACCAACUAUGGGAAUCAUAGGCGCGUCCAAGGAGCAUAAAGCGGCUUUUGCAGAGAUCGGAGCUAAAACGUCUCCGAUGGGCCGGAUCGCAAGGCCUACCGAAAUAGCUAAAGCGGCUUUGUUUUUGGGUUUCGACGCCACUUAUACCACCGGUGUCGAGUUUGUGGCCGAUGGUGGAUCGAGGUAUUUGAGCACUCAGCUUGAAGACCAUUGA